AUGUUCUCAGCAAUCAAUUUAAAACUAUUUCAAUUAUUAUUCAAUCAUAAGGACACAGGACGAACUGUUCAGCAGAUAGCUCAGGAUUUAAACUUACAUUGGAUUGAGAAUGAAUCACGUGGGCUGUUAGAUGUACUUGAUGCAUUAUGUUCGAUGAGUGUAUUAAAACGGGAGCAUUCUACAUAUAAACUAGCGUUGUUAGGUGAACGAUAUUUAUUAAACGAAGACAAAUAUUUGAAAUAUUUUAACGUGAUUGAUCAGCAAAUAUAUUCCCAAUUUUCUAAAUUAGAUCAAUUAUUGACAACAGGCACAAUUGAUCAGGAUUGCUGUUCGUCCACGUCUUCAUCUAUAAAAGAUGUGUUAGGAUUUUUCAAGACAGAGAGAAUAAAAAAUGUUUUUGCUCAAUUAGAUUUAUCGAAAUAUUCGACAUUAGUUGAUAUAAGCGAUGUGCCAAACAAAGAUCUAAUCGAACGUUUAGCAGUGAAAUAUAAAAGGCUGAAAUGUUACAUAGGCACUAACGAGAGCGAUGAAAAAGUGGAUUUAAUCAUCAUUUGGAAUUGGUCUUCUGUACAACAGAAAAAGUAUAAGAUCAAACAAGCGUACGAAAUGUUAACAGAUGAGAAUGGAUUAUGCAUGAUUAUAGAAGAAAGUAAUGAAGACGAUGUUACAAGUGAAUUGCUGUUAGCGACGAGUUUACUAGCAGCAAUGGAAAAUAGUGUCGAAGAAGAGUGUGAUUCAAUGGAUGCCUUUGGUUAUUCCAAAAUUGAACGGCAAAAAACGAACACAUGCAAUGUUGUUUUAGCCUAUAAAUAA